CAGGCCUCGAGCGGACGCGCGGCGGAGCCGUUCCCCGACGGGCAGCGGGCGCCUGGCCGCCGCAUCUGGGAGAGCGCGGCUUCGCUGCUGCGCCGGAGUCCUCUCAGAUCUUGAGGCGUAUGGAACCUGAAGGUCUUUGUGAUAAUGGAAACCAAAAAAUUGAUUGGGAAACCACUUCAACCAGCAAGACCUGCUCGUCAUCUGACUUCUCCCCCUGAAGCAGUAUUCCCUUUCACCUUUCAAAAUGAAUACCCAUGCAACACUCAGUGCUUACAAAGUGGAGUUAGCAGAUGUAAGACAAAUGGAAUGCAAGCUGUUUCUCAAGGUCUUAAUGAACAACAGCAACAUCAGUCUCCAGUUAAAAAAGAGAGAAUCAAAUACAGCAGAGAUUUCCUGUUGAAGCUCUCAAGUGUUUCCAUAUGCAGGAAAAAACCAGACUUUCUGCCUGAUCAUCCCAUUGUACUUCAAAAACCAGAAGACAACCAAAGUUUUAAGUAGCAUUUUAAGAACAGAUGAAUUUGAAGAUAAAGAAUUAUUCGUUUUAUAUUUCGGACACCUACAAAUCAAGUGGCUCUAGUAACAGUAACUGUAACGAACUGUAACAAUUCAAUUUAUUUUUAAUUUUGAUGGUUGAGUAUUUGGGUUCUCCUAAAAUUAGAGAUGUUUUAAACUAUAAAGAAUUUUUCUAAUCAGUUUGUUUUGCAGGCAGUUUCCUGCAUAAAUUGGGAAGUAACACUGCAAAGUAAGAAUUUGGUUAAUGAAGUGGGAAGACUGUGUAUUUAAAAUUUGCAUGCCACUUGCAAUUUUUUGUUUUUCAUCACUUGUAAUAACGGAAAUGUAAGCUGUAAAGAUUCUCAGAUAUAAACUAUUUGCUACGAUGUAUAUAUGGUACAUAAUUUUUUGUUGCUUCUAAAGUUGCUUUUGUUCUGUUUCCCACUGAUUUCAUACCAGCCUUUGAAAGGAUAUUUACAGUCUUUCCAGAGGCUUAGAACAAUUCAGGAUGUUCAAUGCCUAGUUCUCAAUGACAGGAGGGAGAAUAUUUUAAUAGGCAUUUCUUUUCAAAUAUAUGGUUGGUCUCUAGAUUUUUAAAUAACAUUGUCUAAGAUUCAUAAUUACUAGCAGAGAUUGACAAUUUGGAAACAAUGGUAGUGAAUGAAACUGAAGGUGAAAAAUAGCUGCUACUUGUGUCACUAAUCAGACCACAUGAACAGUUGAAGUUGAACUGCAAAAUAAAACUAGUAUUUUUAUUUCCAAAAGAGGAAAAAUUUAGGCAUUUGCAAAUAAUUGAGGUGCAUUAAGUUUCAAUUCUAUAAUUUCUUAUAACAAGAACAUGGAUGGAUGAAGAAUUUUUGGGCUUAAACUUUUAGCACCUAGAAAUUUUAUACAAUAAAUCUCCUUCACUUUGUUACUCUGGAUGUUACUGUUA